CAAACUGGCGAUUUUAAAGUUUAAUUACAGCUGGGUUACUGAAGUGGAGAGGGAAGAGAAAAUAAUAAAGGACGUGGAAAAGCAACCUUUGGAGACAACAGAUAACAUGAAACAACUCCAGUCAGAUGACGUUAAAUCCGUCGAUGGACAAUCAGUUCUUGAUUUUGGCGAGGAGCCAGUUAAAAAUUUGGAUGCAAAGUUGGAGAUCUUAGAAUUUAAUUACAGUUGGGUAGAUGAAGUGGAGAAAGAAGAAAGAAUGGCCGAGGAAGCAAAUGAGAGAGCUUUGGAAGCUGCAGAUUUCACGAAGCAGAAACAGUGGGUGUCAGACGGAGAAAACAGAACCAUUUAUGGACAAGAAUUUCUGGACUUUGGUGAAGAGCCGGUUAAAAGUUUAGAUGCUAAGCUAGACGUUUUGAAGUUUACAUACAGCUGGGCUACGGAAGUGGAAGAAAAUGAAAGAAGAAAAGAGGAGGAAACUCGAUUACAAACUAAAGGACAAGAAUAUGGUGUAGAAAGAGAAAUUCAGAAAGCAGUUCCAAAGGAAGAUGCACAGGUGAAGGCGCCAGAGAAACCACAGGAAGUUACGUCAGAGAACCAGAGAAAUGGGAUAACAGAAAAGCUCAAGGAUCCGCUCCAAGAGAAAGAGAUGGAUAAGGAUUUAAGCAAACCUGCAGAACUUUGCAAAGAUGAGAAGCCAGAACCAGAUGUAUAUCAGCAUGGACAGAACCUGAGUAAUAUACAGCAAUUGACAGAUGAUGAGGAGGACCAUUUCAUUCCAAGAAGGCUCUUUCUAUUCGGAAUUACCGAAUUCAAGAAUGAUGCAAGACAGAUCACCACUUGCAAUGAAAUGUCUGUGCCCAUUGUUGGUUGCCCAGUAAACGAAUAUUCCACAACCUCCACAACCUGUACAUCUGAAGCAACAAUGGCAAGUUUAUAA